CACGGGUAUCUGACUCCUUUUCUGUUGACACGUUUAUACGUUGUCGCUGAUCCAGGGCUGCAGACGAGGUUAGAACUCCAAUACCCGUGCGUCACAUUUGCAUCGCGUUCGUGGGACGAGAGCUGCAUGAUUUCAAAGGCAAGAAGCGCACAGGCUUUAUUUUCUGGUUAAAUCAUUCUUCCAGCGCCAUAAGUGGACCCUAUUGCAGAUUCCUUCUGAAAUGAUGUCUGCCUUUCGACAUGCUUCUAUGUUGGGCGUGGUCACUUGUCUGUUCGGCAGCAUGAACGGCUUCCUAAGUCUUCAAGAUAUGUCGAAAAUGUCGCAAACUGCUUCCCCGUGGACAGAGUCGGUUUUUCUAAGCCAUCGCGUUGUUACAGAUGUAUAUUUUGGAGGUCGCCGGCUUGCGGAAGUCUUUAUGGACGAAGAAGGAUUCAUCCACUACUGCAACAUGCUUGGCGAUAGGGCGCUAAUCAAUAAAUUGUUGUUCUCUGUUCCCAUCUACGUUGUGGAUCAUGUAAACGUGUAUCAAAUGAACAACGUUGUACACCAGUGCGCGCAGCGGCCGCAAAACGCCAAGAACUCGUAUUUCCCAAAGCUCCAAGAGGAAAGACAUCAAGGAGCCGUUAUGUUUCCAGGAACAAAAUGGUGCGGCGCUGGAAACGUGGCGAGUAACUAUGACGACCUGGGAAAGGCCUGGGAGGCCGACAUGUGCUGCCGCGAACACGACUUGGCGAAGGAGAGCAUACCGGCCUUUGGGGCAAAGCGUGGAGUGAAGAACAUGUUGUUCUACACAAUGACAAGUUGUGAUGCCGAUAAGAAGUUCUUCAAGUGUCUCUUGAAGGCCCAAAGCUUUACUUCUUUUUCCUUGGGCGUCGGCUACUUUGACAUACUUAGGACAAAGUGCUACCAGUACGGUCACCCAACAAAAUGCGUUGACAAGCAGACAACGGACAACCCAAAGUCAAAGUUGCUGUGUAAAAAAUUUAAGACAGACACAUGGAAGGCAAGGAAAUGGCGUGUAUACGACCCUCCCAAUUUUUUCAAGGCCUACGUUAUGGCGAAGACUGGUAACGAGAACGGAAUAGGUAUGUGGACUUCCGCAACGGAAAAAAAGUGAACAAAGGCUUUCGUAGAGAAAAGGAGGCCACGGCAGCACUACACCACACAUUUUGCGAAAGUGCAUUAAGUGCUGUACACUCCCAAAAGUAUUUUACCAGACGAAAUAAAGGAAGUAAUGUGUCUUACUAA